GUUCCGUGCUUUGAUAUUAAUAUCAUUCAUAUUAUUAAACAUAACAAUAGGUCAGGUUUAAAAUGCAUUUGCAACAGUCCUCCAAAUUCCUCAACCGUGCUUACGCAGUACACAAAUGUAUAAUGAAUUAUUAAGAUUAAAUACGAUCUUCACACUGUUACCAUGGUAACAGAAGCAGCUAGCUUGCUAGCGUCGUAAACGGCUCAUCGUUUGAGCAAACCCGAUGUGUCUUACUCGAUAGCAAACAUAAUUUGAAACACUUUUCGUGUUGUUUCUCGUUUAAAAUAUCCUUGGCAGACGCCCUACAAUGAAACGAAAAUGAAGGGUUUAUUUUUGGAGGAUGGGCAAGACAUGCAAGGUGACCAGUGCCUGAACGUCAGGUGAAUGACAAUCCGCUGAUGGAGAUGUGCCGACACCGACCAUGAAGAAAAUAUUCAACUUCAAGAAGAAGAAGGGCUCCCCGAGUCCCUCUGAGACGGCAAGCGUGCUGUCGGCCAGCUACGACGUCAAGGAGAAAGACCUCGGGAAGGUCCACAAGGCUGCGUUCAGCGGAGAUGUGGCCAAACUCAGACAGCUGGCCAAGAAGAAUGAUUUGAAUCAGCUGGAUAAGGAAAACAGAACUGCGCUGCACAUCGCUUGUUCCUGCGGACACACAGAUGUCGUUCAGUUUUUGGUGGAGAGCAAAGUGAAGCUAAACUUAUGUGACAAUCAGAAUCGCUCCGCCUUGAUGAAGGCGGUUCAGUGUGAGCAAGACCGCUCGGUGUCUUUGCUCCUGGAACAUGAGGCUGACCCCAAUCUGGUGGACAUCAAUGGAAACACGGCACUGCACCUGGCCGCCCGCAUCCCCUCCCUACCUGUGGCGCUGCGGCUCCUUGAGCACUCAGCCAACAUCAAUGCACAGAACAAGGAUGGCAACACUCCACUGAUGCUGGCUGUGAUGGAAAACCACACAGACAUGACAGAGCUUCUAUUGAAAGAGGGAGCAGAUGUUAAUGUCAAGAACCAGGAGCAACGGUCUGCAUUGAUGAUAGUGGCGUGCAAUGGACAAAUCAGCAUGGUGCGUUUGCUCCUGCAGUAUGAUGCUGACAUCAUGGUGAAAGAUGAUAAGGGAUGGUCUUCUGAUGAUUAUGCCGUCAUGAAUGGACACCACGCAUGUUCACAUCUGAUCAUUGAGCAUGGGACAAAGAGAAGAUCCCUUCAGUCACCUUCCCAUUUUACCGCAAGCAAAAAGAAACAGACGUCCGUCCUCGGCAGCCCAGGCGGUAUUGUGGCCGGUUUGCCUUUGGGAGGGCCAGCUCUAGAUAAAGAUGCAGCAGGAAGCAGCUCUGCAGUAGCAGGGAAAGAUACAGAGGACAUUUCCCACACAGACUCCAUUAGCAGAGCAUCAAAAAGUGGUGCUGCUGAUUCCUGGCCUUCAUCAGAUGAUGAUGACGAGUUAGAUUUGAGCCCAAAGAAACCGAAAGUAAAUUUAAAGAAACUCAUAAGCACAUCAAAAAGGGAAAAAAUAGAAGUCAUAGCAGAUCGGGAUGCAGACAAAUCCUGGAGCGGGUCAGAGUCAGAACUGGACAGUGAGGAUAAGGGUUUAAACCGCCCACCUCUGUCCAGACCAUUCCCCUCCAGCAGCACCUCCCUCCAACCCCCCGUAGCAACCCCACCUGCCUCUUUACCCCACCCACCCCAGAUGAGCUCCACCCCCUUCAGCAGCACCCAUAAGGAAGAGGCAUCCACAGAGGAUGAGGAAGAGGAGGAUGUAGAAGAAGAGGAGGAUGAGAGGGAAGAACUGGAGGAAAAGUGUGAAAAAUCUAAUGUUCCUCAAAAUGGUGGCACUAGCAAAGACCAGCGAAGAGAUUUCCUUUCCGAAUUGGGGCUCGAAAAAGAUGAAAAUGACGACUCUCCCUGGGAUUCAGAGUCUGGUUCCGAGAGUCCACGGAAAAAGCAGGCAAGUGGUCUACAAACUCCUGCCAAAUCACUUAAAUCCAUGUCCAGUAUUUGUGAGGAGAACACUGAAGUUUUAAGAAAUGACGAGGAUGAUGUAGAAGAGAAGGAAACUGAAAUACCACCCAAAGUGAUCAAAAGAGAGCCAGUGUCUGUUCUUAGUAAGCUGAUGGAUUCAAAAGAAGCCAAUAAGAAAACAGACCUAAUGGAAGAACUUGGUUUGGGGGAUGCUGAUGAUCUUGAAGCAAAUCGCCAAUGCCCUCCAGAUGCGUCAGACUGGGACUCUGCCAGCACCACAAGUAAGGCCAGUAAGAACUUCCCAGUUCAUAAGCUGGAGGAGGAACCGGUCUUCGAAAGCCCUGCAGCUUCUGCAUUACCCGUAACACCCCAGCAGCAGGUAGUGGACACCAGGGAACAUGAAGAAGCCAGUCCAGAGAAAAACAAACCCACAACCUCAAGCACACAACCUCUUCCUAGUCCACGAUCUCUCAAUCCAAACGGCAGCUCAAAGCCACGACCACUGCCACGACUGCGCUUGGACUCGAAUCAGAGGCCAGAGAGCGAAGAAUCAGACUGGGAUACAGACACCUCCAGUCCAGCCAAGACAACAAAUUCACUGCCAAACGUCACUGAGCCUAACGCAGUUCAUCAGCAGGAACCCAAAGCUGAAGAUGAUGAGAGUGAAAACAGUUCUGACGCAAGUGAAAAUGCAGAUCAGGCAAGAGAGGCAUUACAAACGUCUUCUGUAAACAUAAAUAAGCCAUCUAAUGAACCGUUGAAGCUCCCAACCUCUCCUAGAGAGGACGAACAAGAUGAGAAAACUGAUGAGAUUCUCUGGGAGGAACGCUAUGAGAAAAUCUGGGUGGAGACCGAAAAAAAGGAGACCAAGUCCCAAUACAAAAAUGUGGCUGCUGAACUAAAAGAGAAGUUCGGAGAACUGGAGCACAAGGAACCGGGUGACCUUUUGGAGCAGGAAUGGAAACAAGCACAUCAGAAAGAUGAAGAGGAAAUAAAAGAGGUGGAAAAGGAAGCGGAUGAGGAUGAUUCCAGUGAGGAAGAGGGAGAGCCAAUAGUGCGGCCCACCGCCCGGGCGAGAAGUGCCAUACUUUUGCCCAUCCCUGAGCAAAGAGAGUCAGGUCUGGAGGACUCACAGUCCGAAAGCGUCCACCGCACGGUUAGUGUUGAGGUCAGCGAUGCAGAGCUUCCCAGUGAUCAACACAACCCUCAAAUCAUCCCAGAAUCCCUUACGUAUGAGGCCCAGAAGCUAGAGAACCAAGAAGAUGGCACUGAUGAUAACGAGGGAGCUAAUAGUGAAAGCAAAGAAAACUAUCAACAAGAAUCUGGAUUUGGUGUAGAAGAAGAACUUGAAGAACCUUACAGACCCCCAUUACUUGCUGAGAAUGACCUGAAAGUCCCACCUAAAAUUCUAGAAGUGCUUUCUUCUGACUCCGAUGAGGUUGACGAGGGCCCGUGGAAGUCCACACUUGAGGGUGGUAAGGAACAGACCGAUGUUAUGAGGGGAGAACACCAGCCCAGUGCUUUAUGGGAUUCCGGAGGAUUUAGAGGACGAGCUGAACUUGACCAAGGAAAAGGGAAGAAAACUGACACCAACUCUGGGAACCCAAAACCUCAACAGGACGGGAUGUCUGACGGCAGGUCUUUGGGAAGAGAGGGUAGUGUUUCACCGAGACAUCUGUCAAGAAGUCCAAGAAGUACUGACAGGGCACCACCACAUGGUGAGGAAGAUGAAAAGGAGGAGGAAAAGAAAACUGUAGGUAGCCAAGCGAGAAAUCUCUGUGUAGCUCCACUGCUUCAGGGAAAACCCUCCCGACCUGCGACCCGCCAUAACGGAGACCUCGAGUCUGUCUUUGAUGAUAGUACUUUAAGUGAGCUGUCGGAGGAGGACAGGAGGUCUCCGUCUUCAAGGCGUAAGAAAGAGCAGAGCACUGGAGAGCUGGAGAUGGCGGAUGAUUUUGAAGAUCUCACCCAGUCUUCUGACACAGCCACUGAAGAGCUGGAGACUCCAGUAUCUGGAUACCGCAACGCAUCUCUGCUCUUCAAACAGCUCGACUCGACCUAUAUGGACUCAGUGAGCGUAGUGAAACUACAAAACAUGUUUCAUGAGUAUGAGCGCACAAUCCAGAGGGAGAGAGACAGGCACAGUCGUCUGGCGGAUAAAACCUCUCAGCUGGAGCAAGAACGCAACGAGCUCAAGAUCCUGCUGGAUGAGAUCAGAGGCAGCAAGUCCAGCCUAGAACAUCUCAGACUGGAGCUGGAAACGGACAUGAACAAUCUCAAGUUCCUUUUGAGACAGGAACAGGAAAAGCAUCAGAGCGCUCUAAUGCUGUAUAAUAAGACCCGUGAGCAGCUACAGAGGAAAGAGGAGCAGCAGCGGGCCGAGGCUGACGAGCGCCACAAAGCCGAGCUUAAAGUCCGAAGUCUGGAUCUGGAGAUCAGAGCCCUGAAGAACAGCAUCAAACAGCUUGAGGAGGAUAGAGACGAGUCUCAACGUCUCCUGUCUCAUGAGCGCAGUGCUCGCGCCCUACAUGAGGAGUUGCUCAACAACCACCUGCGUAAGCAGCAGGACAUUGAGGAGGAGAACCUCCGAAACCUCAACAAGAGCAAUGAGGCCAUGUCCCAGCUAACUGAGGCAUCGGACCGUGAGCGAGAGUUGAUGCAACAAAACCGAGCCCUUCAGGAUGAGCUGAACGGCUCUCGGGCCGAGCUGGACCGCUCGCAGUGUCACAGCCGGCAAGAAGAGUCACGACUGGCGGAAGAGAGGGACGCUCUACGCGAGAGACUGGAGGACACACGCAGGGACAUGAAACUGAGCGAGGAGGCCUUGGCCCAGACCGUGUUCCAGUACAACGGGCAGCUCGGCGCGCUGAAGGCCGAAUGCUCAGUGAUCACAGCUAAACUGGAGCACGAGAGGCAGGUGAGGCAGCAACUGGAGGCCGAGGCGGAGGCGAGCAGGGCAAGACUGCAGGCGGCGCUACAGGAGGCCGAGAGAUGUCAGGCGUCCCGCACAGACGCAGAGCGCACACUCCAGCGAGACCGUGAGGAGCAUCAGCGUACGCAGGAAAAACACAUCUUUGAGUCCAGCACCCAGCGGGACACCAUCCAGUCCCUCUCCCAGAAACUCAGCAAGGCCGAGGCGCGUGCUAACAGCCUGGAGAACGAGUGUCAUCGCAACUCUCUGACCAUCGCGGAGAAGGCCGUGCUGUUGGAGACUCUGGCCCGGGAGAAAGACCAGGCCCAGGCCAAACUCAAAGAACAGGAGGCCACGGUACUGAGCGAACGGGAGAUGUCAAGCCGUGCCGGGGCCAAACUGGAAGCCGUGCAGGAGCGUCUGGCCCAGGCUCAGAGCGAGGGUGCGCUGCUACGACAGCAGCUGGAGGAGGCACUCAACAAGGGCUCGGCGAAGGACAAAGCUGUAACAGAUGUGCAUCAAAACUUUGCCGAAAUGCUGAACCAGUUACGUGCAGACGGAGAGGAGAGAGUCCAACUGGUGGAGGAGAGAAGCAAAGAGCUGGCGAGGACGAAUGGCGAGCUGAGAGAGCAGAACUACAAACUAGAGCAGGAGAAAGCUGAGAGAGAGACCUCUCUUCGACAGCUGCAGCAGGAACUGGCCGACAGUCUGAAGAAGUUGUCCAUGUGUGAGGCCUCUCUGGAGGUCAACACACGGUACCGAAACGACCUCGAGGAAGAGAAGGCACGCACACUCAAGGACAUGGACCGAUUGAAGGCCAAGCUGCAGGAGUCUGAAGAGGUGUACGUCCAGGCCGAGAGACGCAUCAGCCACCUGAAGAGCUCUCUGGACGAUAAGGAGCGAGAAGUCUGCAGUACCGCUCAGAAACUAGAGGAGGCGCUCUCUGCUUCUACAGGCAAAGAGCAAACCAUUCGACAGCUGGAGGAGGCGGUGCAGAGGUUAGAGAUCGAGAAUGCCAGACUGGAGGCCACGACCAAACAGCAGAGCAACCGCAUUGAAGCGCUACAGAAGGGCGUUCAGGAGGGGGCUGCGCUAUCAGGCUCGUCACCUGGAGAAGGGGUCAGGAAUCGUUUGGAAGAUCUCGUCACAAACCUGCAGAGCAGUAAGAUGACGCUAGAAGAACAACUUAACCGAGAGGUGCAGAAGCAGAGUAUGCUAUCCCAUAAUGCCCAGGACUCACAAACUCUGUGGGAGGAGGAGCUAAAGGGCCGCUCACGACUGGGACUCCGCCUCUCUGAGCUGGAGAGAGAGAAAGGAGAACUGACCAAUCAGAUGGAGCUCGAGAAGAAAAAGGCCAAAAAACUAGCCGAGCAUAAGAAAUCUGUGGACACGCGUUUGGAGCAGGAGAUGAAGAGAAACACAGACCUUCAGAAAGAAAUGUACAGGUUGAAGACUCUAUUGAAGACGGCUAAGAAACAUCUGCGUGAACAGGGCUCUGGACAGCUGGACUCUCCUCUGGUCAGCUUCAGAGGAGACGUGAGCCACCGGCUGGAGGCAGAGAGCGCUUCCAGCAGAAUGAAGACUAGGAUGGACGAGCUCCAGUCUCAGUACGAGCGCGAGGCGUCGCGCUGCUCCCGGCUGGAGGAGGUGAACCGACAGCUGAAGGAGAAGCUGGCGUCUGUGAAGGGCCUGAGCCGAAGCCACGAGCAGACGGAGCGCAGCAAGAGGCAGCUGGAGGAGGAGGUGGCCGGUCUGCGCAGGCAGCUGGAGGCCGGAGUGAUGGACCAGAGCCAGGCCGAGCAGUACCGCAGGGAGACCGAGGAGAGAGCCCGACACGAGAUCCGACACAAGCUGGAGGAGGUCAACCUCUUCCUGCAGACGCAGGCGGCGUCUCAGGAGGCUCUGGAGCAGAUGAAAGCUGUGAAUGAGGCCAGUCAGCGCGCUCAGCAGGAGCAGCGCAUCAAGGAUCUGGAGGGAGAGCUCAGUCGUACACGCAGCGUCCAGCAGGACAGUCUGGUUCAGAGAGACUCCAGUCGCACCGAGCUGGAGCGCUACAGACAGCUGUACAGCGAAGAGCUGCGCCUACGCAAGAGUCUGGCCUCCAAACUGGAGAGGUCGAAUGAGCGGUUAGCGGAGGCCAACACUAAACUCCUGAGCGAGAGGCAGCGCAGUAAGUCUCUGCUCACCAGCAGUUUCGUGAACGGCAGUCUGGGAGGCCCCGCUCUCGACGUGGCGUCUCUGGGCUCUAUGGGGGCGUAUGGAGCCUCUCUGGGGCCCCUGAACAGGAGUCUGGGCCUGGGGAGCCCUCUGCUGGGUACGGUAGGAGAAUCCCAGAGCAACCGCGUCGAGGCCUACCUGGCAAAGAUGCGGACGGAGCUGGAGAAGAAUAUAUCGAAGGAGCUGGACUACGUGACAGGAGAGCUGGAAGGAGGUUCUGCCCGUUUGUCUCCCGUAGGUUCGGCCUCCGGCUCUCCAAACCUGAACCUGAACGUGACCCAGGAGCAGACGGACCCCGUUAGCAGAGCCACUCAACAAUAUCUGGAGGUGCUCAAGAAGAACUACAUGAUCUGA